CGUAAAGGUGAAUGUAUUCCACAGAAAAACUAGCAUUGUUUAUGAAUUCUUGAUGAUUGAGCAGUGUCUUUUUGCGUGGUUUCUUUCUUACUGCAUCAUGUCUCAGAUUUUGGCAAAUCAAGCAAGCAGUUGAUAUCCUUCCUUUAAUUUUAGAUGGCAUCAGGUAAUGUAAGAUGGAUGUGAUGUAUAUUUGUGGACUGCAUGCUAUUUAAUUUUGUUCUUGUUUAUAGUUAUGAGCUGCUCGUCUUUGAUGCCCCUAUCGUCUAUAUGCAACUUGGCCGAUAAGCCAUGCAGUAAGCUGUAAGUCUAUGUUCAGGGCAUGCAUAUAACAUUAUUCUGGAAAUCCUUUACCGGCAAGAUCUUGUGCUUAUUUCUCCUUAAUUUUGAGGAACAUAUUAACUACACCUGAUUUCUGUUUUCAUCUUUCAAAUUUGUACAUAUACUCCAUGAAAAAGGGUCGAUUUUCCUCUAGCUUUUCUGAUAGCCAAGGUCUAUUAUCGAAUUGCAGAUCUUCUAUACAGAUACUCAAUACUCAUGGAUCUUAGUUAGUACUAAGCCUUGAGCAUUUGCACACUCGUGAUGGACUUUGAAUCGCUGAACUUUGAAAACAGCUAGGCUAAAAACUGUUAUCCAGAUCGAUGUGUAUCUUACUGACUAAACUACAUGAAAUCUGACAGGAUCAAUGUGUCAACAUUGCUGGGAUUGGACUGCACCAAAUAUUGGUAUUACAACCGUAUGAUCCUCUUGUCAAUGCAUGGCAUGGAUAUAUAUAUGCACUCUCCUUUUGUCGAGCAGUCGUGUCUCAGGCUGCUGGUAUGGUACCAGAGAUGACGAAUUCAUCGAAAUGUAUUCUACGAAGGGUUACUGAGAGGCUAACAGUUACAGAUCCGAUGGAGGAGGCAGCGACGGCAGCAUCACUCCUCGACAAAAUCAAGCCGCCGAGGCUGGAAGACGCCGGCCUCGAGGACUGCGCCUUGCCGCCUGAAUCGAUCAAGGAGGCGUUCCUGAAGGCGGCUUCCGCAGUCAGAUCGCUCGUCUCCGACGACCGCUGCGUCGACGAUCCAUGGGAGGAUUCGUCCGACGCUCUCGUCGGGAUAAAGGAAGUAAAUGCUCCCUCCGAAGGCUGCGUCGUCGAGAAAGGCGGUGGACCGAUGGAGGGACCGCGUGAUGCGGUGGUUUCCGUUGGAGACAGCGGUGCAGAGGGCAAACCGGACGCCGUGGUGGUUCCCGGUCCGCCCGGUACUGGACCAGGUUGCGUGGACACGGGGGCGAAGGAUACGGGUAGUUUCGGGAAGGAAGUUGAGGAUGACGUGGCAGAAGAUGAUGAUGAGGAGGAGGAAGGACAGAAAGUGAAACCGACGUUAGUGGAAGAUUAUUACGUCUGAAAAAUCGUGCAAUUAGUUAAUUAAGGUCCGUUAUUUAUCCUUUGUAUUUUCAUUAUAUUAUGUGUCUGUAAAUUAUUUUACCGAAUUUCUUCUAUAAAUUUAGUGCUUAUAGUUGUAGGGUGUUAUUUGAA